AUGUCGGUGCUCACUGGUGUGGAUGCCACACGUGAAGCUGCUGAAGCGCGGCGCGUGGGCGCCAAGCUCCCAGACCCGACAGGUGCAAAGGCAGUGGUCAGAUCAGCUUCCGACAUCAAGAAUUUGUGCAACAAGAAGGCCAAGGAGCGGGCUCUGAAUGUUUGGCAGACUCGCCGGAUUGAGACGGUCUUGCUGAAGUGGGAUUUGGUGCCAGGGGACUUGGGCAUCGUUGAGGAAGAGGAACGAGACCGGUCCGUCAUUGGGCUCACCGCUUCGAACAAGUGCCUGGUUCUUGCCAACAUGGUAGACAACGCGAUGAGGGAGAUGGGCGGGGCGGUCUCGGAAGACGCCGCCAUCCAGUCCCUUCUUACGAAAGGCACUUACAUGCAAGGGUGGCAUCCUGGCUGCCAUGUAACAUAUUCUGUCCAUGGUACUUAUCAUGUUAAAUGUCAUUCUGAUUCCCAAAACAUGUCAUCAUGUUACCAUGUCAUGCUAUUCUUUGGCCUUCAAUUGUCAUGUUACCAUGUCCAUGCUUCCAUGUCAUGCUAG